AUGGAAAAUCCCGCGCUUGGGCCUGGGCUUGGAAGCGAUGGUGGGCUGUCGGGCAUUGGGACUGAGACUGGGUUCAUAUCCAUGGACGGCGGAGAAGCCGCCAUACGGGGAGAUGAGAUGAUUAGUGGAGGUGAGGCAGCCGGUGGGGACAUGGCGGGGGGUGCAACCGGAGGUGGGGUUGAUGGACGCGGUGCGGCGGCAGCGGGAAGAGGAGCAGGGGAGGGACCCUUGAGCAAUGGCGGAGGAGGAAAGAGCAAGAAAAGAGAGGGCGAGCACGAGCAUGGCACGUGCGGUCGCCAUAGCUCCAAGAAAGAAGAGAAAGAGAGAUUGAAGCGAGGGAGAAAGGUGGAAGAAGAUGAUUACAUACAAUGGGGAAGAAGAGAGACGCUUUGA